AUGCCCGUCGAUGCAUUAACCAUUAAUGCUGCUGCAGAUAUAGGUAUGUUAAAUCAAUGCAGGCAGUGGAUAAUAAUAAUGAUGAUCGACACUUUCAGGAGUUGAUUUGAUGUAUGAAAAUGAAUGACGACAAAGCCACUGAACACCCGCAGCACUUCGUCAACCGGUGCAUAUGCAAAAGGGACGCAAGGUCUGACCAAACGGACAGCAAUUUUUGGCUAACGUUUCCGUAUGUCAAGAACGUUUCGGAAGCGGUUGGUCGCAUUCAUCCACCACUUGGAGUUGGGAUUGUACACAGCCCGGAGACAACCAUCAGGCGUCAGAUAAUAAAGCCAAAAUGCGUUCUGACAUGACAAGAAUCGUCUGCUGCAGUUGCCGACAAAUCAAAUACAUAAGAGAAACCAGAAUACCGCUCCGAACGCGAAUGUUUGAACAUGCAGCAACGCUGCGGAAAAUGAUCCAGCCAUACAAUCAAAUUCGUCUAGGCAGAUAUUCCUGCUACAGAUUAAAACCGCGUGAUCCGGGAGCUACUUGAAUCAUGGUUUACUGCCCUCUAGUCCAUUCACAAGUGCAGUAAUUCUCCACUUUCAUACUUAGGGUUAAGAUUUGGCGUAGGUGGAGCAAUACGCCACGCGGGAAGCGCACAUGUGAACACUUUGGGUUAGAUAGUCGAGUAAUCAUCGCAACAACAUUCAUCGCACGUAAUGCAAUUGAAGAAAUUAACGACGCGAAUGUCUGCCCUCAGACUGUCAGCACACCAGGUGCAACGAUCUCUGAUGAACUGGGAGCCGUAUCUAUUCGUAGGUAUGCGGUAGCAUGUGCACUGCAUGGGUGUAGGGGUAUCCAGCGGUGGGUUCACGUGAUGGUCGUAGGGGUCGCUCACUUGCUUGCAGGUGAGACUACGCCUAGCGUCCAUUUGCUUGCACCUGUGGCUCCCUGUACCUGGAUCUGCUCAGCGGCCACACCCCGGGCAACCGUCUCAACCGACGGGCUAAACCAGGUGAGGGGGUCCUGUGCGCUUGUGCCGCGUGCACACUGUACUGCGGACUCCGCUGGAUGGAUGGUCGGAUGAAACACUGCGCCGGCAUCGUCGAGACGAGGCUCAGCCUGGUACGCCGUUGGACAACUGCUGUCGGGACGGGUCUCCGCAUCGCCGUCGCUGAGACGCGCCCACCCUCGCCGACGGAGACCGCGGACUCACUGCAUAUGCGGUCGUUUUCCACUACAAACAUAAAAGUCGUGGCCCCAUAGUGGGAUUCGGUCGCGCCGACCAGGCACAUGGGCAGCCCGAUUCAGGGGCGAAACUGCCUGCCCCCACGAGGGGAAGGGCCUAGAAAAGGUGGCCUAAAAAAUGCUGGGUACCACGCCGUCUUCAGGCUAGCCAGGGCCGCAGACAUCUUAUCAUGGUCGAAACACUCAAAACUGAAACAACAACAAUAACAAUAACAACAACAACCACACUCAUUCUCCUCAUCCUACCUCUUCUACCUCUUCCUCUGCCUAUUCUUCUCUUUCGUCAUCUUCUUCUCCACCACCUCCCGUCGCGCCACUUGCUGUCACCAGACUGGCAGGGUGAGCCCGCUCACUCUGGCAGCCUGGAAUAUUCGUUCCCUUUUAGACAAUCUGAGGAGCAACCGAUCGGAACGGAGGACGGCGCUAGUGGCACGAGAACUGGCGCGCUACAAGGUGGACAUCGCCGCACUCAGCGAGACCUGAUUCUCCGAACAAGGCCAACUGGAGGAGGUGGGUGCCAGCUACACCUUUUUCUGGAGCGGCCGACCAAGGGCAGAGCGACGGGACGCGGGUGUCGCAUUCGCCAUUCGGAACGACAUCGUGGGACGACUGCCCUGUUUGCCGCAGGGCAUCAACGAUCGCCUGAUAAGCAUCCGCCUGCCUCUCUGGGGAGGCAAAUUCGCCACCAUCAUCAGCGCCUACGCUCCGACCAUGACCGACCCCGACGCCGUCAGAGACAAAUUCUACGAGGACCUGCACGCCCUCUUGGCGACUGUGUCGAAGGCGGACAAGUUGUUUGUCCUUGGUGACUUUAACACCCGCGUCGGCACAGACCAUACUGCCCGGACAGGAGUGUUGGGUCCCCACGGUCUCCGCGGCUCAAACGACAAUUGUCUGCUGCUUUUUCGCACCUGCGCAGAACACAGCCUCAUCCUGACGAACACGUUCUUCUGUCUGCUGGAGCGAGAGAAGGCCACCUGGAGGCAUCCUCGGUCGCGUCAGUGGCACCUGCUGGACUAUGUCCUCGUCCGGCGGCCAUAUCAGCGGGACGUGUUGGUGACGAAGGCGAUCGCGGGUGCUUACAGGUGGACCGACCAUCGCCUCGUCAUCUCAAAGAUGCGUAUUCGCCUACAGCCUCGCAGGAGACCACAAGGUAAGCGACCCCCAGGUAAUCUGAAUGUUGGCUUAUUGUCUUUGUACGCUCACCAUCACCAUUUCAGCAAUGAGCUAACUCAACGACUAGACAACCUUCCAAUUGCUGCCGCCGACGACGCCGCUGCUGCCGAGAACGCCUCCGUGGAGAACCGACGGUUUCAACUGCGAGACACGGUCCAGUCGACGGCGCUCGCCUUCCUCGGUCGCGCUCCCCGCCAACAUCAGGACUGGUUGGACGACAACGAUGCCGCCAUCCGAAAUCUGCUUUCUGAGAAGAAUCGCCUACACAAAGCCUACGUAGAUCACCCUACUGAUGCCACCAAAGCUGCCUUCUACCGCAGUUGCCGCCAACUUUAG